AUGAGCACGAAUGAUAACAACGCGGACCCUUCCAACAAAGAAAACGUCCUGCCGACCCGCGCACAGAACAUCGCAAUGAAUAACCAUCCGCUGAACGUGUACACCGGAAACAUUUACAAUAACCGCGAGGACUUCGUAAGAACUUCCAAAAAGAAACUUAUUUCAAUUAAUAUUUGUUGCAGCAGCUUGCCGUCGGUCAGGAGGAGAAUGAGAACGAUGAGGAGAUGGAAGUGGAUGCAGAGGAAGAAUCGGGGGGUGAGCAGGAGCCAAGUCAGACCGAGGAAAGCAUGGACUGGGAACAUGGAGAUGAUGGGGAAAGCGCGAUGGACAACGCCGCCAACAACUAG